ACCAGCACUAAUAUUCGACCUACCUACAAGAAAACCGCCUAUUCUUAGUAGAUCAUAUUACUACAAAUCAGUAUUCUCCACGACACCCAAAGGCCUGCAAAUCGUGUCGAGUCGGAACAACCUAACCGGGACAGCCUUCUCCUUAACCACACACUGAAAUACGCCUCUAAAUCAACAAUCAAGUUCGCAACUCCCCUAUAAAUACACAAUGGCACCGUCGGAAACUAUACCGUUAUUACCCACGGAGGAGUUUACAGUUGAGGCCAAGCCACGAAAUCCUAGCACCUUGAAAAUGUGUUAUUGGGUCCCGGCUGCAUUUCUCUGUUUCAGCUCGGUCUUUAGUUUCCUAUUAAUAUUUACUAUAACCCUACUUCAUCCGCUGUUACCACGAGUCACCGGCCUUGUGACGGAUAUUCCCUAUUCGACACUUUGUAAAACAUAUUUCGGGGCUUUGGUUCUGAUCUUUGGACUCGGUUGUGGAAUGGAAUCGCUUGCAUACGUCUGGUGGCUUCUGAUGAGACUAUUGACGAGGGACGAUUCCGGCGGUCAAAAGUUCGAAUUUCCCGUACUUGAGUUCUAUGCAGCCAUGUUCUUUGCCAUUACUGUGGGGUUGUCGAGGGCUUUUGGCAUCGAUAGACAUGUCAAGCCGAUAGAGGAAGGGAAAGAAUCCGUCACUACGUAGGAAGCUCAUCGGCUUCAUACCCAGAGUAUAGCUCGCUAUCCACCUACAUAUGUACUUACCUACUACCUAGCACGCAAU